AUGCAGAAAUCCGGCUCCGACGAGGGAGCCUCGGCUGCUGGCCAGCCUGAGGAGACUCCAGCGGCUCCCUCCCAGAAAUCCAUUGAUUCCGGCAAUGGCGCCGAGUUUCAAAUCAGUUUGAACGAGUUUCUAGAGUUUCUAAAACUAUCCUGUCAUGUGAACGAUAUGAUUGCGAAGGCCGACAUGGGAAAACCACACAAUAGGGAGCCGAUACCGCCGGUGGAGGGCAGUGCGGUGUCAACCAAGAGAACUACCAAGAAGGACGAGUUCGACUUUGCCGAACUGGCGGACAAUCCACUGGUCAACGAGCUCCUGGGACUGAGACGACCCUCGCGGAGCUCCAACGAGAGUCGCUCCAGCUUGCUCCAGGAUGCGAAAUCCAGUACAUUGCGCUCGGGGCACAGCCACCACAGCCGCUCUUCCCGUCCAGAGUCGACCUAUCGGGGAUUGCAUCCCAAGCUUGGCGAGCAACUGGAUGCGGCCAUUAAUGAGGGUGUUCUGGACUCUGUUCUGUCAUUUAUAUGCCCGGUGCCCAUGCCCACGCAACUCCAGAAUGGCAAAACUAAGUCCAAGCAGCUGCAGCCUCCGAAAGAGCUUCUCACCCAGACAUCGGCCACUAUCACUCCCUAUCCGAAUCCCAUUCCAUCGGCAGCUCCGCUCACCUCAGGAGCAUCGAAAUCCAUGAUGGAGAUAGGCCACUCACAUGGGCCUCUGCCGGCAGCCACUCCCUCGGCUCCUUGCCUGCAGCAGGCUAAUCCCAGAGGAGAUGCUUUACAUUCGGAUCAGAUCACCAACAGCAUGGUGCGCGCCAUGAUUAAGGAGCCGAUUCCAAAGCCUGGUGCAAUGAACGCCGGCAGACGCAAGUCUCUGCUGCUGGUCAAGGAUAGCAAACAUGCCAGGCAGGAGCGUAAGGAGCCGGAAGUGGUGAUCCACGUCUGCGACGAGGUGAAGAACACCUCGAAGGACUUCACCUGCCCGCAGCAUUUGCUGGUGACCAAAAUGGGUUACUUUGCGGACGUGACUGCCGGUCAGAGAUUGGAGGAGAUGGACAUAUCGGUGCACUGCGACAUCCUGAUCUUCGACUGGCUGAUGAAGUGGAUCAAGCACAGUGCCCAGAGCCAGGAUCUUCCGGUUCCCACCCAGAGCACUGGUCCCCAGUUGGAUGGCAAUAAUGUGGUGCCCAUUCUGGUGUCGGCCAGCUUUCUGCAGAUGGAACCUCUACUCCUUGAGUGCUUGGCCUUUUGUCAUGCCCAUCUCAGCGAAGUUGUACGAACGUCCACGAAUCUGUCCUGUCUGAAUGACGCAUUGGUCAGCCGACUGGCGGCCAUGUUCACGAAUCUCGAGCUGGAGAUGGUCAGGGAUAAAAAGGAGCGAGUGACACCGCGUCUGUGGACCAAAUUGAUUCAGUCCCUCUGCGAACCGGAUCCGGAAGCCCUAAGGGGACACUUCUACAGCAUGUCCGGUUUGUUCCGCUGCUCCAAGUGCUUCAAUUGCGUGACCAACACUAUGAAAUCCUAUGUGAGCUGUGUGCCCAGCAACAUUCGGCUGAAUCGCUGGGGCCAAUUGAUGAGCCACCACGUGCGGGACACCAACUGGGAUCUUAAUGUCUACAUCGUUCAGCUGUUCAAGGAGCUCAAGUCCUGGCGCAAGGUGUACUGGAAGUUAUGGGGUCACUGCCACUACCUGUACUGCUGCACGUGCGAGGCUCAUUUUCCGGUCUAUCAGAUGCACUGGUGCCGCUUCCAUCCGGAGGCACCGAACUUUCUGGGUCCCGUGGGAAAUGCCGGACCCGCCGGCCGCUUCUCCUGCUGCGGUCAGCAGGCCUUCCGCUAUGAAACGCUGCCGGGACCAAAUGGUUGCCAGUUCCGCGAGCACAGUGUCCUUGUGGAGACGGAUAGAGAGCGUGCCAUCCUGGCCAUUGCCCAGUUGGUGGGCGAGAACUACGCCUUGUGCGAGCAGCCACCGUUGAGGAUUCAGGAACUGGCCGCCGCCGGCGAGAUCAGUCCCAGCUGGCAGGGUAUCUCACUAACGCCACAGAGAUGUCGCCAGGGACUUUUGCCCCAACUCUGCAUGGAUAGUGUGCUCAAGAGAGUGACCAACCAUCGUGUGAGCCGUCGGAUGCGAGGAUCUCGCUACCAAAUGGACACCAGCACCGAUUCGGAGACGACUUCCACCAGCGAGGAUGAUGCUCGAUGCCUGCGACCACGCAUGCGUAACGUUCACGAUGACGACGAAGACUACAGUACGAGUAGCGAUGGCUGCGAGUCGGAGCAUCGUCCUCCACCAAGGAAAACUAGAGGCAAAAAAUCACGAAAGCGUCCCACCGAUGUGUCGGGUCGCUUUUGGUCCGGCGAGUUGUCCGCGCGCAGCAACCAGGAUCAUCAGCGCGACUUCGAGGAGAAGAUCAUGAAGCAGGUCGCCAAUUAUGUGACCAAAAAGACCGGAACGGAUCAGUGCCUGGUGCAGAAUGCCCAACCGCUUGGUGGCUCCUACGUGCGACUCGAGUCCGAAUGGAAGGAGAUGCUUAAGCAGCGGCACAGCCAUCACACGAUCCAGGGAACCAAUGCCACUGGCCCAUCCGUGCCUCAAAGCAGCAGCAGCUGCCUGGGAUCGGCACUUGCAACUGGUGGCUCCUCCGUGUCCGUCAUGUCCAAGCAAAAGCACAAGUAGAAAUUCGUGUUAUAUUAUUCGCUAGCAAGCAUCGUAGACCAAAUAUUUAGUCACAGAUUCUUAGUCAAAUAUUUAGUGCAAACCAUAGUCACAUUGAAAUGUAGAAAAAUUAAAUGAAUAUGUAGCAGAAUAUAUAUAUAAAUGAUUAUAUCUCGAUGA